CUAAUUGUGUUGUUAAAAAAAUUAGUCCACCUAUUCUUUUUAUAAGACAAAUCUGAACCGUUGAAAUUAGUCUACGAAAACAAUCAGCAAAAACACAAAGCAAAUCGAAAAUAUUCACAAUUUCUUCUUCUCUUUCUGUUCUUGCAAAUCAUCGGAAGAGCAACAUCGACAAUUUCACAAACAAAUCCCUGUUUUAAUUUUUUUUUCAAUUUUUGGAGAUAUUUCUUGUCGUUUUUAUACCUAAUUUAUCGUGAAAAAUUCAAUCUUUGAUUGUUUUUUGCUAAUUUUGAGGUAUACCAGAUAGCUGGGUACUAAAUUUUAAGCUGUGGUUGACUGUAAUUGUAGUUUUAUAGCAGUUGAGCCGACCCAGUUCUUCAGAUUCACCAGUCUGUAUAAUUUUUCAUGAAUGGUUUGAGGAACUUUUGAAGUAGUACAGUUGAGCCAUGGGUAGCAGUGAGAUGGAUAAAUCCUCAAAAGAGGCGAAGGAAGCAAAAGAGUCAAAGCCCCCCAAUUCACAGGAGCAAACUUCUACUACUACAGCUGGACCAGUUAAUCAAGAUUGGUCUGGCUUUCAGGCAUAUUCUCCUAUGCCUCCUCACGGGUUUAUGGCGUCAAGUCCUCAAGCACACCCUUAUAUGUGGGGAGUUCAGCAAUUUAUGCCACCCUAUGGUACUCCACCACAUCCAUAUGUUGCAAUGUAUCCCCAUGGUGGUAUAUAUGCUCAUCCAUCUAUUGCUCCGGGAUCUUACCCCUUCAGUCCUUUUGCAAUGCCUUCUCCAAAUGGCGUAGCUGAAGCUUCAGUUAACAACUCUGGUAAUGUUGAAGUGGAUGGUAAGUCAUCUGAGGGAAAGGAAAAAUUGCCGAUUAAGAGAUCUAGGGGAAGCUUGGGUAGUUUGAAUAUGAUCACUGGGAAGAAUAACGGAGCUGGUAAGACAUCUGGAGCAUCUGCAAAUGGAGUCUAUUCUAAAAGUGCCGAGAGUGGGAGUGAAGGGUCAAGUGAAGGAAGUGACGCUCAUUCUCAAAAUGAGUCACCAAUGAAUUCAGGAGGCAGGCAGGAUUCAGCUGACACAUCUCAAAAUGGCAAUGCUGCACAUGGUUCCCAGAAUGGAGGGACUGGUACUCCUCAUUCGAUGAUUAACCAAACUAUGGCUAUCGUGUCAGCUGCUGGUGCUGGAGGUAUUCCUGGUCCAACUACCAACUUGAAUAUUGGUAUGGAUUACUGGGGUGCUGCCACUUCAUCGUCUAUUCCUGCAAUGCAUGGAAAGGUACCUGUUUCAGUUGCUGGAGGGUUGGUUACUGCUGGAUCACGAGAUAGCGUCCAAUCACAGAUGUGGAUUCAGGAUGAAAGGGAGCUUAAGAGGCAGAAAAGAAAGCAGUCUAACAGGGAAUCUGCUCGUCGAUCUAGGUUAAGAAAGCAGGCAGAGUGUGAUGAACUUGCACAGCGUGCUGAAGUUUUGAAGGAAGAAAAUGCCUCUCUUAGAGCUGAAGUGAAUCGCAUCAGGAGUGAGUACGAGCAUCUUCUUGCUCAGAAUGCAUCUCUUAAGGAGAGACUUGGGGAAGUUCCUGGGAAAGAUGAUCCAAGAACUGGUCGAGACGACCAUCUUCCAGGCAAAAAUGCCCAACAUUCUUCACAAACCGAGUCCCAGUAGGGUCGUCAAUGAAGUACCAGCUGCAUUAAUGUGGAUUGAUGAUUAGGAGUUUAACCUAACAAACUUUGUAUAAGAAAAGGUUUAAUUUGCAUAUUAAGGUAGUUUAUAAUUCGCGAAAAGCUCACCUUUUUUUAGUAUCAGGAUCUGUAAUAUGCCUAACGUAGUCCAUCGUUUCUCUGUCGGGCCAAUCUUUUAUGGUCGAGAAACCUGGAUGAUAUGUAGAGAAUGUGAUCGUCGCAUUAUUUUGUAUCCAGCAGGGAGGUGUUCUAAAAAAAUUUCUCAGAUCUGUAUUUUUACUAAUAUUGAGUAAGGUGACAGGAGUGAAGAAAGUUUAUUUUGCUACAUUUCAUAGAUGUUUAUAUGAUUAUUGUGGAUUUUGGUUGAGUUUGAA